AUGGGCCAAGAAUGCGAGAAGGUCCAUGUGCCAAGAAGCCGAGGCACGAAUCCCUUGAGCCUGAGUGCCACAGCCAAUUGGCAAUGCGUGCCCAACACACGCUUCGAGCGCACCAUGCAUGUACUGCAUGACCCUCCCUCCAGCCGCUCCUGCGUCGUCUCGCACAACCCGGAUGGGCUCUUCAUGGAUUCGCAAUCUCACUACACCAAGGUGGGAUCGAAACACCUGUGUGAUCCUCGACCCGAUCAUCCACAUGCGCUUGCCAGGACCAUCAGUGUGCCGUCGAUGCAUCCCUACAACGAGCGUCGGGCAUUGCUGCGGGAUCCGACCCCUUGGCAUUUCAACGAGAAUUUUACGACCAGCAACGACAGCUAUGGCCUUUUCUACAGUAGUCACUUGAUCCAGGAGCCAACAGUUUCUUGGUAG